AUGGACGUUGACGUUCAAGUUGAAGGAGAAGAGUGCCAACGAACUCAAAACCGAGGGAAGGCCAUUGCAGUUGAUGCAACUUCUGGUGUCUCUUCUCAGUCAAGAUGGUUUCCUCAUCCUCCAAAAUCCCACACACUGUUGAAGAAACUAUGGACGUUGACGUUCAAGUUGAAGGAGAAGAAGUCUAGGGCUCUUCAGUUUAGAACUGCAUUUGAUAGGAUGGAGGCAGAAGAUAGGUUGUAUAAUGAUUACUUUUUGGAGAUGGAAAAUGGGGUUAAGAGGUGUGGACCACCUUCUUUGAGAGACUGGAGUGCUGUUGAGAAGCUCAAGAGGUUUCUUAUAAUCUUUUACAACAGCACUCUGGUUGUUUUUGCCUCUACGACGGUGAAUUCUUACAAGUGCUACGGUGAGAUAGUGACCAUAGAAAGAAUCCUCAUUACACUGGCCAACAGCUUCAAUCCUGAAUUGAAGGUGAAAGCGUCGGAGAUGUUGCAGAAGUUUCUCAAGUACUGGGAUGGUAUCAAGAGUGUCCACAGGAUGCUGAUCUUGGCCACGGUUUUCGAUCCAAGGAAGAAGAUGCAAUUUGCAAAGCUGUGCUUUGAGAAGCUCUAUGAGAAGGAGAGAUUAGAGUCUAAAGCAGUGCUGGAAUCUGUUGGUGAUCUUCUCAGGUAUAUGUUCUAUAAUCAUGAGUACAACACAAGAUUCAGAGGGUCUAUUGGAGAAGCCUCUGAGUCAAAUCACGCAUCAUCAUCUCAGCCUCCUCCAGAGUCGCAAGAUCAAGGCACAUAUAGAAUGGAGCUGGUGGUUGAAGAUUUCGGUUAUGAGCGGAUGGAUUGUGUGUACAAGGAGAUGGUUGCUGAAAAGGGAGAGGAUACAAGGGACGAACUUGAAGUGUACUUGAAGGAGGCAGUUGAAACUCCUAAGCUCUUGCUUGGUGUGGAGUUUGACAUUCUCGCUUGGUGGAAGGUUCACAAGAUGAAGUAUCAUGUGCUUGCUGAAAUGGCAAGAGAUCUACUCGCCAUGCAAGUUUCAUUAGUGGCAUCCGAAAGUGCUUUUAGCACAAGUGGGAGGAUCUUGGAGCCAUAUCGGAGUUGCUUAACUCAUUACAUGAUAGAAGUUCUCAUGUGUACUGAGCAAUGGAUGCAUGCUGACAUCAAGAGUUUCAAGCACAAACGCUUGAUGAUUGAAGCUUCAAGGUCGAAGCAUGAAGUGGAAGAAGGCGGGUGA